AUGCCAUUUCCCCCUCCUAAUUUACAAUAUUAAUAAAGCCAUUAAUUUUGUCAUUAACCUUUAAAAGCAAGCACAAGCAUCAUCAACUCUUCUCUUUCUUGUUCAUCCCACACAUUUUUUAACGGCUUGCCAAGGCGGUCGAUUUUGUAAAACCGCCAUGGCAGCCUAUUCUAUUGUUCAUUAGUAGUCUUCGUCAGAAAUCUGAUUAUCCUGAUCGAUCGAAUAAUCUAAUCUGCAUUAUCAUUGUUAUUGUUGCUGUGAAAAUUAACUUUUCUCUCGUUGCUCGUUUAUUAUUAUUGUUGUUCGGGAGUUCUCUUGACAUACAUACAUACGUGUGACAGAUCGAGUCAAAUCUUGAUCUGAAUAAAUAUUCGACAUUAUAUUAUGGAGGAUGUUAUACAUACCGAUCACACGAACCAAGAGGAGAAACAUCUGACAUCAUCAUCGUCGAGUGAUUUAUCAGAUCAAUGCGACGAAUUACAACGUUUAGAGGACGCACCGCCCUUUUGGAGGAACCCUAAUAAAAGGUUAUCGAAGCAACUUUCGCUGUGUGAGAUUCCACGUGACAUUGCGUGGGAAAAACGACGCCGUCAAUUUCUCCAUCAAGAGAGGAAAAAGAAUGUUAUUGGGAAUAAUAAUAAUAGUACCUCUCAAGAGCUUGAAGAUUUAACAGAUGAAGAUUUGAAUGAGCUUAAAGGUUGCAUAGAAUUAGGAUUUGGAUUCAAUGAAGAAGAAGGGCAGAGGUUAUGUAACACGUUACCCGCGCUUGAUCUUUAUUUCGCAGUGAAUCGGCAGUAUUUAACGAGCCCAAUAUCUUCACCUGGUAGCAAAGGCUCAGUGUCAUCUCCAGCUUCCUUGAAUUCCCUUGGGGGAAGGUCAUCAUCGUUUGGGAGUCCUAGGAGUGAUCAUGUUGAUGCAGCAUGGAAGAUUUGUAGCCCAGGUGAUGAUCCUCAACAAGUUAAGACAAAGUUGAGGCAUUGGGCGCAGGCAGUGGCUUGUUCCGUCAAGCAGUCUUAUUGAAGGGUGAUUGAUGAUAUAUUCUUUUGUUCUCGAAACGAAAACACCAAGGUUUUGACUAUGUUUUCUACACAAAAAUAUUGAUCUUCCGUUCAUCGUAUCGAUCAAUUCAUACCUCAUAUUUGUCUUUCGAUGAAAUAUAGUCAUGACUUUUGCGGACUGAGAAGAUUCACGCGUCGAAGUGAAACGGAGCUCUACAUAUAUAUAGUUGUAGGCGGGCAAUUUCACAAACUAGUUGUGUCGAUUCUCAAUUUAGUUAAUUGAGGAAACAAGGAUUUAAAUUACAUGCACUGAUAUGUAAAUAUAAUUUUACAUAUACAUUGUCAAUGUAUUUUGACCUUUUAUUGACGAUUGUUUCCCAUUUUUUUUUUUUAAAAGCAUCAGUUGAUAUUUAUAUAGAGACUUGUUUGUAAUUGUAUUUGAUUUGAUAAGGUAAGAAAGGGACUUGUUUUCCCUAUUAUCGAUCA